AAUCUAAAUUGGCAAGUUUACAGACUUUUGCGCUUAUACUGGCAGUGUUUGGCCAUAUGACUGGAUGUAUUGAAGCAUCAUAUAAGAAGGAACGCAAUACCGGACUAAUGAUGUUAACAGUCAGAGAGCCCUUACUGAGAAG